AUGCUCGCAGUCUCUUCCGUCCUUCUCUCUCUUGCGCUGAGUGCCUUCGCUGCACCUGCUCCAGAUGCCCACGUCCGUCGCAUCUCCACCCGCAACAUAAAGUCUCUCAAGACCUCAGACGGCUCCUUUGACCACCAAAGGGCCAUCCGCCAGGUUGCAUACGACCACAACAAAUACCGGAGCAACCUGAUCAGCUUGCACGAUAACGUCGGUGCAGAAGCGUUCAAGGACGGUGCUCGGAUCCUCCCGCCCGUCGAGCCCUUCGUCUCGCCUUCUGAACAGCAAGGCACAGAAACGUUGAACAACGAGCAAAACGAACUCUGGGCGGGAAUCGUGGGCGUUGGCACCCCGCAGCAGAACUUCAACGUCGACUUCGACACUGGGUCCGCAGAUCUAUGGAUCCCAUCCGCCAACUGCACUACGACUGACUGCGCCCAGAAGGCGCAAUACCAUCCCGAACGAUCUUCCACCAGCCAGCGUCACGACAACGAAUUCGGCCGCAUUCGCUACCAGGACGGAUCCACUGCCUCUGGGUCUAUCUUUACCGACACCGUCACUGUCGCGGGUAUCUCAGUGAAGAACCAAGGCUUCGCCGCCGUCGACUCCAUCUCCGACGAGCUCGCCCAUCGCCCCAUCGACGGCGUCAUCGGCCUCGGCUACCCAGCCCUCGCAAAGAUGGGCCAGACGCCGUUCAUCAACAACGCCCGCGCCCAGGGCUCGAUCAAGCACGCCGAGUUCGGCCUCAGGAUCACCGACACCACCUCAGAGCUCGAGAUCGGGUUCCAAAGCGGCGAUAAAUGCACCGACGACCCCGAGGUACACCCCGUCACCGGCGAGUCCGGGUACUGGCAGAUCUCCAACGGGAUGCUCGGCCGGGGCCUGCACGUGUACGCGCACGACUUCUCCGCGGUCAUCGACUCGGGCACGACGCUCAUCUACGGCCCGCCCGCGGACGUCGCGAAGUUCUACAAGUCGGUCGAGGGCGCGGAGCUCUGGGACGAGAGCAACGGGUUCUACUCGUUCCCGUGCGACGAAGCGCCGUCCGACGCGCACUUCCAAUUCGACCAGGGGUGGAGGACGAUCAGCGCCGAGAACUUCAACUUCGGGCAGAUCGACGAGACGACGUGCAUCGGGGCGAUCGUGGGUCGGGACAUGGGGCUUGGGAAGAAGACGUGGGUGCUCGGAGACAGCUUCCUGAAGAAUGUGUAUGCGGCAUUCUCGUUCGAGACGAACGAGGUUUCGUUCUGUCGCCCCCGUGAUUAG